UUUAUUAUCAGCGGGGGAGGGAGGCAGGAGGGGGCGAGGCGGGCCGCGGGUGACGGGUGUGCGUGCAGUCGUUGGUGUCGUCUGCCCCGCACAGGUGGGUCUGCCAGGCCUGCCGCACACUGACCCUCAUCACUGGACGCUACUCAGAAUGACUUGGCUGUCGGUUUACUCCAUACCCACGGAUUUCCUGGACAGUCUGCCUCUAAAUAAGGUGCAUGAGUGCCCUGGGCACACACCAUCAUGGGAGCGCCGUGUCCCCACCAAUACAUCAUUGAUAAAAAUUUCAGUGCCAAACUUCUAGCUGAGAAAAAAGAGAAGUGCUGUGAGUGGUGUGGUGCUGGAGGAUGCAGUCUGCGGCUGUGCCUGUAUUCUGGGUGCCUUCGGGUGGGCUGUGGUGAGGGCCAUGCCGACCACUCAACUCUACACAACAACCAAUUCCCUUCCCACUGCAUUACAUUAAACCUCACCUCCCUCCGAUCUUGGUGCUAUAUGUGUGAAAUGGAGGUAACCUCCUCAGUGCUGGCCAGCAUGACCAUACCCCUGGGACAACAGCACCACCUUGGUGGGCCAAUCAAUGCUCCUGGUGUGGCAGUGGCCCAGCCAAUCACACCCAGUCAAUCCAGUGCUGAGGAGGAAGAAGAGGAGGAUGAAGGAGAGGAAGUAAAAGCAAAAGGUCUUGUUGGACUGUGCAACUUAGGCUUAACUUGCUACAUGAACUCUGCCCUUCAAGCCAUGAGCAACUCUGUCCCCUUGGCACAGUUCAUGAUAGAAUGUCCAGCCUUUCUGUGCAAUGACAGGAAGACCCCAUGCUUAGCGAGACCUUUCCAAAGACUUAUGGUAGAGAUGUGGCACAAGAAGAGACCAAGCUUUAUAACACCUUCACUGCUGUACCAUGGUUUUAAGCAGUUAUACCCCAUGUUCCGAGGCUACACACAGCAGGAUUCUCAGGAGUUUCUGCGUUACUUCAUGGACCAGCUACAUGAGGAGCUGAAGGAGCCUCUGGUCAUUUCCCAUGAUGAGGACAAUGUAGGGGAUUUAGAGGAGGAAGAUCUGUCAGCAGAGAGUCUUUCAGAGAGGGAAGACUCCCAGUCUGAAGCAGAGUACGAGACCUGUGACUCGGGUGUGUCCGAACAGUCCUCUGGCUCCUCAGACCAGUACCCCAGCAAGCGGAAGAAGCGGCACCAUGCAACCAUUGACGUGGAGACUGGCAUGGCUACCCACAGAUCCACCACUCGGAGUCUCUUCCUUCCUGAUCACGACAGCCCUGAGUUCUCGGACGCUGUCUCAGACACAACUCUUCUGGACUCUGACUCGGUAGGAAUGUCUUUCUCGGCCUCUCCACAUGUACACUCCUCCUCCACUAGUGGUCUGGGUUCCAGCAAGCCUUCUAUUUCAUCCCUGUCCUCAUCAUUCAAAGGCAAGACCUGUGGCACCCCUGGACGAAGGAGAAAGCCCCCGACCUACCGCAGUGUGAUCUCAGAUAUCUUUGAUGGGACCAUUGUGAGCUCAGUCCAGUGCUUGACCUGCAACACAAUAUCCUCAAGGAAAGAAACAUUCCAGGACUUGAGUCUGCCAAUCCCCAGCAGUGACCAGCUCAGCAUCUUGCAGCACUCCUCAGCUUCACAGUUACAACAAGUGGCAGGCAGCAGCCUCAGCAGCAGCAGCCUUCAUCUUGCCAAAACUUCUUGUGAUACUGCAACGGAUGGGUGGAUGUGGUGGCUGUGGGUGCUGGUGAGGUCUUGGUUCUGGGGCCCAGCUGUUUCCCUCCACCAUUGUCUGGCAGCCUUCUUCAGUGCAGAUGAACUCAAGGGGGACAACAUGUACUCAUGUGAGAAGUGUGGCAAGCUGCGUAAUGGUGUCAAGUAUUCCAAAGUGUUACAGUUACCUGAGGUGCUGAUUGUCCACCUGAAGCGGUUCAGGCACGAGACCAUGUUCAGCUCUAAGAUCAGCCAGUAUGUUUCCUUCCCCCUGCAUGGACUGGAUCUCACUCAGUUCCUGCAUAAGGACUGCACCUCAGAGGUUGUGACGUAUGACUUGUAUGCCAUCAUUUGCCAUCAUGGGACUGCUGGGGGUGGCCACUACACUGCCUACUGCCAGAACUGGAGUAACCACCGCUGGUAUGAGUUUGAUGACCAAUAUGUUACUGAGGUGUCAUCGGAGACUGUAGCCAAAUGUGAGGCAUAUGUACUUUUCUACAAGAAGACCAGCCCUGAGAUGACUUCUCGACGGCAGCGAACUGUAGAGCUCAUGCAGGUGUCAUCCCGAGAGCCCUCUCUGAUGCAGUUCUACAUCUCCAAGCAGUGGGUCAACAAGUUCAACACAUUCUCUGAGCCUGGACCCAUCAACAACUAUGACUUUCUCUGUCCUCAUGGAGGGGUACAACCACAAAAGGCCAACUAUGUGGGAGAGCUGGUAAUGCUGCUCAAUCAGGGAGUGUGGGAAUACCUCCAUCAGGUGUUUGGGGGAGGACCAGCAUGCACACGGCUCUAUGAGUGUGUCACCUGCCGGGCUGAGCUGGAUGCACUCUCACGCCGCCAGACCAGUGAGCUCGAGAUGUUCCUCAUGCUGAAGAAACUGUUCCAGGAGGAGGAGCAUCCUAACAUAGUGGCCAUUUCUAUGAGAUGGUUCCGUACUUGGGAAAGCUUUGUACGAGGCAGAGAACAGGAACCUCCAGGACCCAUUGACAACUCCUCCAUAUGUACAAGUAAGACAGGCCAGCCAAUGCUGAAGCCAGGCUCUGAUUAUGCCCAGAUCUCAGAGGAAAUGUGGCACUUUUUCUACAAGACAUAUGGAGGGGGGCCAGAGUUAUCGGUGAUGUAUGGGAAUCCGCACAGUGCUGCCAGGAGGAGUGAGAAGGCGGAGGGAAUGCGCCCAGAAGCUCAGAAACAAGAGUACCUGCAGUCUGAGUCCCGAUCGCUGAGUACAGAAAAUCUUCCCCACAGCGGUGCAUGUACUAGUCGACAGAGAACUGUUUCUGCUGGGGAGCAGGUUAGGAGAGUCUCUCCCCCAACUCACACAAAGCGAGAGCAGAGUGAUGCAGAGCCUCCAGCCUCCCCAAGGCCCAGCACCACUCCUAGCACCACCAGCACUGCUGCAACCAAAGAGGUGAAGGAGGAAAGUGAGGAGGAGGAGGAGGAGGAGGAAGAUGUAGAACAGGAGGGGGAGGGGGAAGGGGAGGGGGUGCAGGAUCAGGAUCAGGAUCAGGAGCAACCCAACACCAUAGAUGAGGAAAUGGCCAGUACAAAUAGUUGCAUUUCUCAGCAAACUUCAGGUGAUGGGGCAUUGGAGGAGCCCAGGCAGAAGGAAAGUUAGAUUCACAUGGGAACUGUGUUACAGUAAUCUUGAUACCAUGUACAUAUAUAUUAUUUAUAUUCCAGGAGUUUUCUUGUAACUGGAACACAGUGUAUAGUAAGCCCUGAUAUAUUUGAGAAAAUUUGUGAGCCGUAUUUGUUAGAGAAAAUAUGAUUCAUUCAAAGAAUGAAACUAUCAUAACUAAGUAGUAAUCUUGGUUUGGCAUUUGGGUUUUGAUGACCUUUUCCAUCAGGGAUGUGAUAGUUUUGAUUUAUUUGAAAUUUAUUUACUCAACAUCUAUUUAUAAACAUCACUUUAUUAAAAGUAUUAGUCAUCAUAAGUACUACAUCAGUCUUGUAGUGUACCCCAUACAUGGAAUAAUCUUUUGCACCCAACUAGUUUCCACAUUGGAUGCUAUGGGUUUCUCUGAUGCUUUUCUCAUAUUUUGAUCUCCGACUUGCAGUCUUAUUGCAUUUCAGAGAUAAUGUGUAUUGUAUAUCAAUAUCCCUACCUUCAAUCUUCAAACUUGUUAUGUAUAUAAA